GUCCUAUCGAAACAAUUACGACCGAAAGUAACGUGCAUCAUGAAAGUUCUGCUUCUGCUCUGCCUGGUUUCGGCCAGUGCUAUAGUUCUUGCCAAACCUCUCGAUACACCCGAUCUCUUGAGAUCCGUCGGUGACAAAGUGGUUUCUUACGAUGGUCAGAACCCUGACGAGGUGAAGGCAGCAUCAGAGGAAGCGGAUUUCAACCAAGACGAGGAAUUUGAUGAGGAUUUUGAAUCAGGAGAUCAUCCAAUGCAAGAUCCUCGAUCCCCGCAAGAUUCAGAAGCCCCCCGUCCAUCACAACUAGAACAUGAUCCUCAAGACAAUGAAAGCGAACACGAUCAGGAACCUUCCCAAAACGAACCUCCAUCACAUGGAGCGCCCUCUGAACAUGGUGAACACCCUUCUCAAAAACCGAAGGAUAGCUCAGAUCAUUCAGAUCAACAACACGAAAACAGACCAUCUUCUCAAGAUGAUGGAAGUCGUCAUCACUCCCAUCAACACCAUCAUAGCGGUGACAAUCAGGAACAAGGAAGUGAUGGUCAGAAAGGGUAUCAUCAUAAUCAUCAGGGAAGCUCAGGACACCAAGGACCACAGGAACCUCAAGCUUCUGAGCAUGAGCAACAACAAGAUUCUCAGCGCCUUUCACAUGGAUCACAGGGCCAGAGUCCUCCCCAAGAAUCGCAUGAACCUCAUGUACAUCAAAAUCCUGACCGAGAACCUCAAGAACAACGUCCACCACAGGGAUCGCAAAAUCCUGGACAAGGACCACAAGGACCUCAAAACCCGGGACAAGGACAACAGGGACAAGAUUCCCAGCGCCCUCCUCAAGGCCCAAAGGGACCCCAAAACCCCGGAAAAGGACCACAAGGACAGGGCCCUCAAAACCACGGACAAGGACCACAGGAACACGGUUCCCUACGUACUCCUCAAGGACCUCAACACCAUGGCCAUGGACCACAUACACAAGGCUCACAGCGUCCGCCUCAAGGACCACAAGGACAGCACCCUCCACAGAAUUCUCAAAACCCAGGACAAGGACCACAAGGACAGCGUCCUACACAAGGACCUCAAAAUCCGGAAUAUGGACAAGAUUCCCAGCGCUCUCCUCGAGGGCCACAAGGACCCCAAAACCCCGGACAAGAACCACAAGGACAGCGCCCUCCACAAAACCCUGGUCAACAACCUCAACAGGGACCACCUCAACCGGGACAAGCACAGCAAAGUGGACCAGCUCCAGAAGUGGUAA